GCUCCAGUCUUGUGCCAACCUUUCCACGAUGAAGUUCUGCCUUCUACUGAUCAGUUUGACUGUUGUGACUUUGGGUUCUUCAAAGAACUCGUCCUCUUCCAAUAGGAAUGGCAAACUGCUAUCAUUGUUCCAAAUCGUUCAAUUUCCAAAUGAUCCUUGUGUAUCUACUUCACGGAAUGGAACCUGUUACACGAGCGAUGAAUGUGAGAGCAGAGGAGGAUCAAGUUCAGGAAGCUGUGCUCAGGGCUUCGGUGUAUGUUGUAUCUUCUCUUUGGCCUGUGGAAGUUCCAUAUCCGAAAAUUGCACCUACCUAGUUCAGACGGGUGUCACAAGUGUCUCUCCAAAUCCAUGCACCUACUCAGUUUGCAAGUGCUCCACUCAGAUUUGUCGCAUUAGAUUCGAUUUCACGAUUUUUGACAUAGCUCCCCCGGUCUUGGGAGAGGUAAUGGAUCCCCCUGUGGCAAAUCGAGGUGGCGCUAUCGGAGAUUGCACCUCAGACACGUUUUCUCUCACUUCCCCUGGAGGCUCAGGGUCUCCAAUCAUUUGUGGCAUCAACACCGGACAACAUCUUAUUGUCGAUGCCUCCGAUAAUUGUAACGUGGCCGCAUUCAAUCUAGGGGGUAGUGGUUCAAGCACUCGAAGUUGGGACAUCAAAGUGACCCAAUAUACGUGUGCCAGUGGUCUUGGAGGGCCACCUGGAUGUCUGCAAUAUCUAACUGGAGCCAGCGGAACCAUUUCAAGUUUCAAUUUUCCUAUUGCGAAUGCUGUUAUCGGUCCCACAGUAACCCAUUUGUCGGAUCAACACUACACUAUUUGCAUGCGCCAAGAGGCAUCAAGAUGUGCCAUUUGUUACACACCCAGGAUCCAAUCCAUUGCUCCAAUGAUAGCUGCUCAAAGUUCUUUUGGCGUGAGUAAAGAUCCCGCUGCUGGUGCGUUAAUGAGCGCAGCUGGAGUCGAUUGCAGCGAAGAUUACGUUCUGAUCCCUGGGGCUGAAAACAACCCGGCCAUGGGUGCCAUUCCAACCGCCGCGGGGGCGUUGUGCGGUCGGGCCUUUUCUGUGUUUGGUGGACGUCGCUGCCAUUAUCUAUGACCCGGCUGCUCAUAUGUCCGUUUGCUCUCGACUGUUGCCAUUCCAAGUUGGAGUGCAUUUCGAUUCGGAUGAAGUAUCUACCGGUGUAGACUCAGCCACGAAUGAAGAAGGCAAAGCAGAUGGUGGAAUACUGGGCUUCAGUUUAAAUUAUCAACAGAUUAUGUGCUAAAUCAACAAGCAACCUCAUUCAUUUGGCUUAAUCAGAAUUUCUUGAAAGAUGAAUUUAUUCCAAAUAUAAUUGAAAUUUGUUUAUGUCACA